AUGGGCGGAUUUACUACUAAAAAUGCUUUCACCGUUUUCGCUUAUCCUUCGUCUGAUAAUGAAUCCGUGGACUUUGAGGAAUCUGAUCUUCAUCCCUCACAACGUCCAAACUUUUGUGAGACUAAAGAAGGAAAAUGCAUUCAAAUAUGUGGUCUUCCACCACUACAUGUUCCAUUAUCCGAAUACAUUUGCUUUCGAAGGUGUAUGAAACCAACUUGA